GUGUGUGUGUGUCUGUUGAGCAGCAGUAGUUUGAUGUAAUGGAGGGGCUGGGCGAGUCAGUCCGCCUACACGGGCUUUGUGUUGAUGUUCAGGCGGUGCUACAGCGCUGACAGUCCGCGACAAGAGCAACACCAGAGAUCAGCAUUCCCAACACCCGACCCAUCCACCAUAGAGAGGGGGAGAGAGGGAGAGAAAGAGGACAGACAGACGGUGUUUUGGGCGAUCUGAUUGUGAGGGAGCGGAGCUGGACUGAAUCAUGGCCACUUCUACGUCUUGCACAGGCUCCACGCUGCUGCAGCCAAUUAGUCAGAUUAUUGAUCUGCCACUGGACCAGGUGAACUUUGUUGUAUGCCAGCUCUUCGCCCUGGUCACGGCCUUCUGGUUCAGACUCUACCUGCACCCUAGCAAGACGAGUCCCUUCAUCCGGCAUGUAGUCGCCACCCUCCUGGGCUUCUACUUGGCCCUCUUCUGCUUUGGCUGGUAUGCCUUACACUUUCUGGUACAGAGCGGUCUUGCUUACGGCGUUAUGAUCUUCACAGGUGUAGAACACAUGCACAAAUACUGCUUUGUGGUUACACUGGGAUAUCUCAGCUUCUGCCAGGUCACAAGAGCAUAUGUCUCUCACACAUACCCACACUUUCCUUUUUCCUUUCCUCUCUCCAGGCCCAUGAUGGUCAUCACACAGAAGAUCACAAGUUUGGCGUUUGAGAUCCAUGAUGGUUUGAUGAAGAGGGAGGAGCAUCUAAAGCCCAGUCAGAAGUAUCUUGCAGUCAGGAAGAUGCCCAGUCUGCUGGAGUAUCUGAGUUAUAACUGUAACUUUAUGGGGAUCUUGGCCGGCCCAACCUGUUCCUAUAAUGAUUACAUAGCCUUUAUAGAAGGCCGAUGGUAUGAGCCCAAGCAUCUGGAGUCAAACGGCAAGGAGAACGGGAAAUUCAAACAGAGUGACCCUUCACCAAAGAGGGAUGUGAUCCAGAAAGUGUGCACGUGUGCUCUGGCACUAAUGGUUUAUUUGGUGAUCUACACCAUCUGCCCUACGGACCGUGUCAUCGACGACACCUUCAUGGCCUCCAACCCUUUCUACAUCCAGGUCUUGUACCUCUACAUCUCCAUGUUGGCUUUACGCCCCAAAUACUACUUUGUAUGGACGUUAGCCGAUGCCAUCAACAAUGCGGCUGGUUUUGGGUUUAAUGGCUAUAACGCAGAUGGCACCCCAAAAUGGGACAGAAUAUCAAACUUAAGAAUACUUAAUAUUGAGUUUGCCACCAGCUUCAAGAUGUUCUUGGAUAACUGGAACAUACAGACAGCACUGUGGUUGAAAAGAGUGUGUUAUGAGCGCUGCCCGUACAAUCCGACUGCGGCCACAUUCCUCCUCUCAGCCAUCUGGCACGGAGUUUACCCAGGCUAUUACCUGACCUUCAUCACAGGCAUUGUUGUAACAAUGGCAGCACGGGCAGUAAGACACAAUGUGCGGCAACAUUUCCUGGGCUCAGCCACGCUCAAGCUCAUCUAUGAUGUGAUCACGUGGUUCAGCACGCAGAUGGCCAUUUGUUACACUGUUGUGCCAUUUGUACUGCUGGCAGUGGGGCCUUCACUGAAGUUUUAUAGCUCGUGGUACUGCUGCAUUCACCUGAUCUGCUUGUUGCUGGUGCUGGUUCUUCCUGUGAAGUCCAGACGCACGAAACAACAGGAACAGCCGAGCAGCAUUCACGCCAGCGAACAGAACUGUCUCUCCUCUCCUGACAACAACUGCAGCCAGAAGCAGAAAGCCACAUGAGGGCAGGAAGGGCUGCUCGACCCGCACACAGCACUGUGAGGAACUCUGAUAUCAAUACUGAGAGACAAAGAGCGGCCGUUUCCUCCCUCGGAUCCAGCGACACUGACAGUGACAUUAACAAGGGAUAAACUCCAGCAACAAUACAGCGAAAAGACACGGUUAACCCUAUAGUUGCCCUGUUGGAGAUGGGUUUUAAACAGGAAAUCUUCAUAGGAUCAUAUGAAAUUGGAGUGAUUGAUUAUGUCAGAUUGUAUCAGUUAAUCUGAAGUUGCCUUAAACCCUCCAUAUAUUUAGGGCCUGAAGCCUCAUAUGGGGAUCGUGUUACAUAGGAACGGACCAGUCAUUGUUGGCUCAUAGAUUCACUACAUUAGUGCGGGAAGUCUAGCACUGGUAUCGGCUUCUGCCAUUGUCAGUUAAACAAAGUAACCUCUCUGUUAGUUCUUCUCAAAGGAAACGUGUGCGGUAAAUGAAAAGAAACAAGUCCAGUUGCGUGUUGCCAAACUUAUAGGCCUUAGGUUCUUAUCUCCUGCCAUUGCUUCAUCUUUAUUCUUGUUUUAUUUCUGUGGUUUUCUAGUAGGUUCAUAUCUGCUGCUUUCUACGGGUGUGUCUUGUUUUUGCUCUAUUUUUUUUUUUUUUCGGUGAUUUUUGUUUAGUUUUAAUUAAGGGCUUUUGGUUGGAUUAAGGGUUGUAUUGAUGCUAUUUUUAAUGGGUUGUAGGUUUCCUCAGGGCACACAUGUUUCAGAUCAUUUUAGAUGUUUCUCUACCAUCUAUGUUUCUCCCAUAACAUAGAGCCCAUCUGGAGAAAACAGAAGACAGUUCGAUAAUACCACAGCUUGUUUGUGUUUUUAUUACAGAUGUAAAUGGUAAGUGCAAUAUCUGUAUUGUUUCCAUAGGUGCAUGUUAAGUGAAAGGAUCACAUUAGUUUUGCGAACAGUGCAAAUGCUCUCAUCACAUCAAUAAUUGUGUAGAGGUUCAAGUACACUACCAGCUAAAAGUUUGGACAAAUCAGAUUUGUUUCUCUUGAUCUUAAAAACCUGUUGACCUAAAGGCGAAUGCUUGAAAUGAGGAAACAUGAAUAUAAAUUGUGCCAACAUAGUAAUUCCUUAAAACUAAAAUAUAUAGUUUUAAUAGUAUUUUUUUGUUUGCUUUGUUUUAUUUUGUUUGUCUCACAUAGUGAGGGAAAAACAGCCAACAGCAGUGUUUGGGAACUAAAUAAUUCCCAUAUUUCCAUUUGUUAUUUUAUAGUUUUGAUGACUGUAUUAUUCUAACCUGUGGAAAGCUGUAAUAAUAAAGCAUGAAGUCUUGACUCUUUACUGGUAGUGUACUGUAUACGCAGUACUCAGAUGCAUGCAGUUUCAAAUUUUACUUAUUUUUUUUUUUCUAUAAAUACAUCAAAACUCUUAGGCCCUAAAGAAACCUUUAAGUUGCGUGAUUUCCUAUAAGAUUUUUUUCUUGAACAUUGAUCCUCUGAAAGGCAUCAUAGUGCCUCGCUCAAUCAUCUGGAAAAUCAGACCUCAUCAUAUUCCCCAAGAAUCUACUUUUUGAUAUGUGUAUUAUUAUUUUCUUCCAAACAUUUUAACCCUCGGUCAAAGAGACUAGAUGUUAGUUUUUCAUUUGUUAAUGAAGGGCUGAAGGGACUAAAGCAUUUACCAAAGUGAGUCUCACUGAAUUCUUGUUAACCAAGCAUUUUCAAUAACAAGAAAAAGUUAUUCUUGGGCGUGAAAUAGACCAGCCUUCAUUUGGAGAAAACUCUCUGAACCAGCCCGCUGGGAUUUCAUAAGCACACUUCUCUAAAGUCUUAUUGUAUUUGGACUCCAGAAAUGUAAAACCAUGAUGAAAUACAGCCCUGUACCAAUAGUUUUAGCAACUGCAAAACCAAAAGGAGGAUUAAUAAGUCUGCACUUCUGCUGGUAACAGUCUAGAUAUAUACCGUAUAAUUUGUCUUUUUGCCCUCUUUGUCUCUUUUUCUUAAAAAGGUUUAGCUUAAGGAAUGAAUUGUUUUAACUGCCCAAAGCCAAUGUCCCUCAGUAACCAGUGUACUAACUAGCACCUCAAUGCAAAACAAAAUGUCCAAAGUGCCAAAUCACAUGAGGUGCACAAAAGAUCACUUUAUUUGUACAGGUUUACAACAGGGUGAGAGGUUUGUACUUUAAAAACAAACAAAAAAACAAGUGAUUUAUAUGGUCUUAAACUGACAUUAUUUUUACCUACUGAGAUGUUGGGAGGAAUCACUCCCUCCAUAUUUGCACUUUUGGUAGGAAUGAGUCGGGGUAGUGCUAUCGUAGAAAAACUGCCGAAGCAAUGCAAGAAACCUCAGUGCUACUCAACAGUUAGAGUACGUGCUUAACAGAAGUUAAACAGAUGAAUUUGCCCAAAAUGUUAAAUUCAUUGUAGCAACAAAGGAAAAUCAGGAUGGUGUUCCAGUGCUAUACAGUAGGUAUAUUUUGUAAACAGGCUCCAUCCAUAGAAAGACGUUAAAUGUGUGUUCAUUGCUGUAUAUGUGUAAACAUCGUCUCUUUGUUCAGAUAUUGUUCAGUUAAAUACAGCCUAACAUAUUUUUGUUAGGGCUGAAGUAAUAGUGAAGGCACAUAUCAGCCUAAUUUAUCUGUAAAAUUUCGGUUCAGUCAUUUAUUUUCAUACCGUUUCCAACUUCUGAUUCUGCAAAGAAUGACCUAAAGCUGUGUGAAACUGUGUUGACUACUGUAAUGUUUUUUUUUUUUUUUUUAUAGUGCAUUUGUUGUCCACCAUCCACCUCAGUUCUGUUGUUUGUCAUUGUCUUGUUGGUCUUUAAUGGCCAUUCAAAAUAAGUGAUUGUGGCCCUAGUUAACAAGCAAACCACCUUAACUGGUUGCUAAAGCUUUCCAGAUGUUGCACAGAAUUGUUUAAGUUUUCCAUUGUAACUCCUACUGACUGGUUGUGAUGUUGCAUAACCUGGCAGUGUACAGCAAACCUAAAGAUGUUAUUGAAAUGUAAUAUGUUUAUGAAGAGAUACAGGAAAAGUAAUACCUAACAUGUUAGCUACUUCAAUAUAAAUACAUUUACCGAUAUCCAUUAUAAAACACAAGGUUGUCUGUGCAAAUGCUUUUGGAUUGAGAACUGUCUAGAGGAGAACAAACACUGUCUCCUCUAUUUAUUUUCUGUAAUAAUCAUAGAGAUGUGAUACUUAUCCAGCAUUUGAAAUGUUUGACGAGUGACUGAGUGCUCUGAAGUUGCUCUGAAGUGAUUUUUCCCUUUGAAUAAAGGAUUUGAUAUUAAAGGGAUAGUUCACCCAAAAAUUAAAAUUACCCCAUGAUUUACUCAUCCUCAAGG